AUGACUGAAAUAAUUGAACCCGUCCCUGACGGCAACUCGGCCAGGCUUGUGGAUGUUGUCAAGCACGAACUCCAAGAAGUUGAGCGAGAGAUCAUCGACCGCCAACUGCAUUUUUCACAAGAUGAGGAGACACAUCUGCUCUCGUUGCUUCUAUACGCGUCCAAAGGCGAUCUUAUUGUCGCAGGCAUCAGCACUGUCUUUGCUCUUGCCGCGGGGGCCAUUAUUCCCGUUCCUCCGAUCGUAUUUGGUCGCCUCUCCUCCGUCCUGGCUGGCGUCGACAACGAAGGGUCGACAGCCGACACCCAGGCGAGCCGGGUCUUGAUCACACAAUACUCUCUCUACUUCAUCUACCUCGCCGUCGGGUCUCUCUUCGCCUGGUUCAUCUCCACGGCGGGAUUCUCAUAUGUCGGAUCAAACAUCACGCGGCGCGUCAGGGUCCGCUACAUGGACGCGGCGCUGCGGCAGAACAUGGCCGUCUUCGACGACAUCGGCACCGGACACUUGGUCACGCAGCUGAGCGUCGAUAUGAACCUCAUCCAAGAGGCUCUGUCCCAGAAGCUCUCCGUCACCCUGAGCGCCGUGGGCACCCUCGUAGGCACCUACGUCGUCAGCCUCGUCAUGUUUUGGAAACUGGCCCUCAUACUGACGUGGUCAUUCUUUCUGGCGCUGGCCCUCCUCUACAUCGGCAAGCUGGUCUCGAGCCGCUUUUCCGGACGUUCUAGUGAGGCCCAGUCUACCGGCAGCACGCUGGCGGAAGAAGCGCUGACCUCGAUUCGGAGCACUACGGCGUUGGGACUGCAGAAGCAGAUCCUGGAUACCUAUGUCGAAUGCCUCAAUGUGGCGAGGCAGGCGGAUUUCACGCUCAAAACCCUCAUGGGUGUGCUUCUUGCCGUUGUCGUGGCCACUGGUUAUUUCAACGUGGCGCUGGCCUUUUGGCAGGGCGCCCGGUUCAUGGUCGACGCCGAGACAUCCUUCAUGGCGGUCGUGGCCAUCACGCUUGUCACCAAGAGCGCGGCGUUUUGCGUCUUGGGCGUCGCCCAGAACGCCGAGAAGUUCACGUCGGCAAUGGCGGCAACCAGGAGGGUUUGCAAAAUCCUCAACCGCAAGUCUCCCAUUGACUCACUAGGUGAUCAAGGAGCCAAGCCCGACGAUGUCAGCGUUGAGGGGAACAUCGAAUUCCGGAACGUGAAGCACGUUUAUCCAUCUCGGCCGGAGGUGGUCGUGGCACAUGAUCUCAACAUCAUGUUCCCCAGCGGGAAGAGUACCGCCGUCGUCGGCUCCUCUGGGUCCGGAAAAAGUUCCAUCGCCAAACUGAUCCUUCGAUUCUACGAGCCCGUAGCGGGUGAGAUCCUUCUAGACGGCACGCCUAUCGAAUCGUUGAAUGUGAGGUGGCUUCGAUCCCGGAUACGACUGGUCAGCCAGGAGCCGGUGCUUUUCGACGCGUCCAUCUACGAGAACAUCAGCCAGGGUUUCGUCGGAACUCGGCUUGAUCACUUAUCCGCGGACGAGCAACGGAGGAGGGUCGAGGAAGCAGCAGCAUCCGCCGGAGCGCACGACUUCAUCCAAGCCCUCCCUGCCGGGUAUGCAACCCGGGUCGGGGCCGGCGGAUCCAAACUCUCAGGCGGCCAGAAACAGCGGGUGGCCAUAGCCAGGGCCCUCGUUGCCGAUCCCAAGGUAUUGAUCCUGGACGAGGCGACAUCGGCAUUGGAUGCCGAGACCGAAGCAUUGGUGCAGCGAGCACUGGCGGUUUCAAGUGACACCAGGACCACGAUCAUCAUCGCACACCGGCUUUCUACCAUUCGCGAGGCCGACAAGAUUGUGGUGUUGAAGAGCGGAGCGGUGGCGGAAGAGGGCACUGACUCGGAACUGAUGUCCAUUCGAGGCGCGUACUUUCAUCUGGUGGAGGCCCAGAGAUUGUCAGGAGGCUCCGAGAGUGCAGAAGAAGCGGAGCUUGAGCACGAUACUUCGAUUAUCACACGCGAGCCGCCAUCAGAGAAGGACGAAUCUGCCGAGACAAAGGAGACUUUUGACGCAUCGUCGCCUUCGCUGUCUUCCGACUCCACCGCCGAAAGGACUUCGGCGCCGUACUCUCUCUGGUCUGUGGCCAAGUUCGUCAUGCAGCUCAACGCAAAAGAGUGGAAGUACAUCGUCCUCGGUCUCGUCUUCUCCAUCAUCGCCGGUCUUGAGGAGCCAGCAUCAGCCAUUCUCUUCGGCAAAGCCGUCGUGGCCAUCGCGCGACCCCUGGACGCCGAUACCACGCCGCAGAUACUGUCCGACUCAGCCUUCUGGGCCUGGAUGUUCUUCGUCCUCGCCUUCGUCAUGAUGAUCGCCUUCAGCAUCCAAGGAUCCGUGUUCGCGUACUGCUCGGAGCAUCUGAUCCACCGCGCUCGCAGUCUCGCGAUGGCACACGUCCUGCGCCAGGAGAUGGCCUUCUUCGACGACGCGGCGCACUCGGGUCCGGCCUUGGCCAGCUUCCUGUCCACUGAGGCGGCCGACCUAGCAGGUAUCAGCGGCGGCACGCUCGGCCUGAUCCUCAUUGCCGUGGCGACGUUGGUCUCGUCUCUGGCGGUCGGCCUCGCGUUCGGGUGGAAGCUGGCGCUUGUGUGUUGGUCCAUCACGCCUGUGCUCAUCGGGAGCGGAUUUGCCGGUGUCUGGGCGGUUGGGGAAUUCGAGCGGCGGAACGAGAUGCACACCCGGGCAUCGGCUGCCUAUGCCGGGGAGAUGAUUGGGGCCAUCCAGACCGUGGCGUCUCUCACGAUGGAAGUAAAGGUUCUGGACGAGUACAGGCGGACGCUCGCCCUGUCGCGGAGGGACGGCUUCAAGGCGGCGUUGCAAGCCUCCGCGGUUCUCGCCUUCGCCCGAGCCGGCGUCAUCGCCUGUAUGGCCCUGGGUUUCUGGUACGGGGGUAUGCUGAUCGUGAAUGGCGAGUACUCGCUUCUGGCCUUCGUCGUGGUCUACUCGUCCAUCAUCACGAGCGCCUACUCCGCCGGCAUCGUCUUCUCGUUCACCCCCGACCUCGCCAAGGCGCAAAGGUCCGCGGCUGGUCUUCAAGGUCUCCUCGAGCGCCGGUCCGCCAUAGAUCCGGAAUCCGCGGACGGGGAGAGGAUCGAGAAGCCGCUGGGCCGCGUGGAGUUUCGCGAUGUAUCGUUUGCUUAUCCCGGCCAAGCACGGCAUUCGGCGUUGAGGAAUGUCUCUUUGACGGUGCCGGCAGGGGCAACGAUCGCACUCGUGGGGCACACAGGGUCGGGGAAAAGCACCAUCGUCUCGCUGCUCCAACGCUUCUACGAUCCCACAGAAGGAUCCAUUCUCUUAGACGGCCGGCCCAUCGCUUCGCUGAACGUGGCCGAAUAUCGCAGUUUGAUCGGGCUCGUGAGCCAAGAACCGACCCUGCUGCAGGGAUCGAUCGGGAUGAAUCUUGUGGCGGGAUGUCGACGGACAGACAUCACCGAUGCCGAGAUCGAGGAGGCGUGUAGAAAGGCCAACAUCCUGGACUUUGUCAACUCUCUGCCGGAUGGUUUCAACACGGUGGUCGGCAGUCGAGGUAGCCAGUUGAGCGGCGGGCAGAAACAACGCCUCGCCAUCGCCCGAGCCCUGGUCAGGAAGCCCGCCCUUCUUGUCCUCGAUGAAGCCACUUCGGCCAUCGAUUCCACGUCUGAGUUGCUGAUCCAAGAAGCGCUGGCGGGAGCGGCGGCUGGCUGCACGACCAUCGUGAUUGCCCACCGCCUGAGCACCAUUCAAAACGCCGACGUUAUCUAUGUUGUCGAAAAGGGACGGAUUGUAGAGUACGGCACGCAUUCUCAGCUGGUGCAGAAGAGGGACAGGUAUUACAGAUUGUUUGAGACGGGUCUUGGUAACUAG